AUGUUCUCCAAGACUUUCAACUUCUCGGCCGCUCUGUGCCUCGUCCUGGCCGUUGGCCCCGCUACUAUUCUCGCCGCUCCUCAGCUGAACGGCCUCCCCGUCAUUGGCGCUUCCCACGAUGAUGACACUCCUACCAACGGCAACAGCGAGCACGAUGCCGGUGCUGGCUUCGAAGUCGGUAUCCCUGGUGGACCUGGCGUCGCCUAUGGAGCUGGCACCCACUCGGAACACCAUGGUCCCUGUGGCCCUGGUGUGAACUCUGAGCACGACGCCGGUGCUGGCUUCAACGUUGGCAUCCCUGGAGGCCCUGGUGUUGCCUUUGGAGCUGGUACCCACGACCAACACCAAGCCUACCCAUGCCCCGAACCUGUUCCUGCUCCUGUCCCUGCUCCCGUUGUCGUUCCCGUCCCUGCUCCCGUUGUCGUUCCCGUCCCUGCUUCUGAGCCUACUACUACUUCCACCUACAUCCCGGUUUUCAUUCCUCCUACCUACACCACUCCUAUCGACAUCCCUACUAUGACUACCGUCCCUGCCUACGUGCCUCCUUCUCCGGCUCCUGUCCGCUCGACUCCUCUAAUCCACGCCCCUGGCCCAUCAACGACACCCUCUUCUACACCCGUUUUCAACGCCGGUUCCGCCAUGGCCCCAAGCUCGCUAAUGGCCCUCGCUCUUCCUAUCAUGCUGGGCAUUUUCUACUAG